GCGUCGCGGCGGCCUCGGGUUCCCGUUUUCCGCCCCGCGCGAUCAUGUGACGACGGAGGGGCGGGCUACCAGGAGCGCCUGGCUUUCUCCCCCAGCGCCCGCCACCGCUCCCCAGGGCAGUUUCCCGACGGUCUUCCAGGGUUUCCUCCCCGGCCGGGGGUCGCUGCGGGGCUCCCCUGGACGAGGCCGGGGGACGCCUCAGUCCGGCGCAGGCCGCAGUCACGGCGCGCACGCCGGCGCCGCGGGGAACCAGGAGGGGCGGGGCGAGCGGGGGCGGGGCGAGCGGCGUCCCGGGGCGACUCUUAGGGCCGGGCGCGCCUCGGAGCUGCGGACAUCCGUCGUCGCAGCAUCAGCCGCCGCCGCUUCGGCCUCCGCAGCCGCCUCUGCCUCUCCUCUGCCGCUGUCGCUGCGUGUCGCCACCAUGAACCAAGACCUUCGCAGGGAGCGGGAAGCCGCCAGCUUCAACCCGGAGCUGCUCACGCACGUCCUGGACGGCAGCCCCGAGAACACCCGGCGCCGCCGAGAGAUCGAGAACCUGAUUCUGAAUGACCCAGACUUCCAGCACGAGGACUUGAAUUUCCUCACUCGCAGCCAGCGCUACGAGGUGGCCGUCAGGAAGAGUGCCAACAUGGUGAAGAAAAUGAGGGACUUUGGCAUCGCAGACCCUGAGGAAAUUAUGUGGUUUAAAAAAGUUCAUUUGGUCAAUUUUGUGGAACCUGUGGGCCUCAAUUACUCCAUGUUUAUUCCUACCUUGCUGAAUCAGGGCACCACUGCUCAGCAAGAGAAAUGGCUGCUUUCAUCCAAAGGACUCCAGAUAAUUGGCACCUACGCCCAGACGGAAAUGGGCCACGGAACUCAUCUCCGAGGUUUGGAAACCACAGCCACUUACGACCCUGAAACUCAAGAGUUCAUUCUCAACAGUCCUACUGUGACCUCCAUCAAGUGGUGGCCUGGUGGACUUGGAAAGACUUCAAAUCAUGCAAUAGUUCUUGCCCAGCUCAUCACUAAGGGGAAAUGCUAUGGAUUACAUGCCUUCAUCGUACCUAUUCGUGAAAUUGGGACCCAUAAACCUUUGCCAGGUAUUACCGUUGGAGAUAUCGGCCCCAAAUUUGGCUAUGAUGAGAUGGAUAACGGCUACCUGAAGAUGGACAAUUAUCGUAUUCCCAGAGAAAACAUGCUGAUGAAGUAUGCCCAGGUAAAGCCUGAUGGGACGUACGUGAAACCCGUGAGUAACAAGCUGACCUACGGGACCAUGGUGUUUGUCAGGUCCUUCCUCGUAGGAGAAGCUGCUCGAUCUCUGUCCAAGGCUUGCACCAUCGCCAUCCGAUACAGUGCUGUGAGGCACCAGUCUGAAAUCAAGCCAGGUGAACCAGAGCCACAGAUUUUGGAUUUCCAGACCCAGCAGUAUAAACUCUUCCCACUCUUGGCCACGGCCUAUGCCUUCCAGUUUGUAGGUGCGUACAUGAAGGAGACCUACCACCGGAUUAAUGAGGACAUUGGCCACGGGGAUCUGAGUGAACUGCCUGAGCUCCAUGCCCUCACUGCCGGGCUGAAGGCUUUCACCUCUUGGACGACAAAUGCUGCUAUUGAAGCUUGCCGGAUGGCUUGUGGCGGGCAUGGCUACUCUCACUGCAGUGGCCUUCCAAAUAUCUAUGUCACUUUUACCCCCACCUGCACCUUUGAAGGAGAGAACACUGUCAUGAUGCUGCAGACGGCUAGGUUCCUGAUGAAAAGUUAUGACCAGGUGCACUCAGGGAAGUUGGUGUGUGGCAUGGUGUCCUACUUGAAUGACCUGCCCACUCAACGCAUCCAGCCGCAGCAGGUGGCAGUGUGGCCGACUGUGGUGGACAUCGACAGCCCUGACAGUCUCACAGAAGCAUAUAAACUUCGAGCAGCCAGAUUAGUAGAAAUUGCUGCAAAAAACCUUCAAAAUGAAGUGAUUCGCAGAGAAAGCAAGGAGGUAGCCUGGAACCUCACUUCUGUUGACCUUGUUCGAGCAAGCGAGGCACACUGCCACUAUGUGGUAGUUAAGCUCUUUUCAGAAAAACUCCUCAAAAUUCAAGAUAAAUCCAUCCACACUGUCCUAAGGAAUUUAUGUCUCUUGUAUUGUCUGUAUGGAAUCAGUCAGAAGGCAGGGGAUUUUCUUCAGGGAAGCAUCAUGACGGAAUCCCAAAUUACCCAAGUAAAUCAGCGCAUAAAGGAGUUGCUGACUGCAGUUCGCCCAGAUGCUGUUGCUUUGGUUGAUGCAUUUGAUUUUAAGGAUGUGACACUCGGCUCUGUGCUUGGCCGGUAUGAUGGGAAUGUGUACGAACAUUUGUUUGAGUGGGCCAAGAAGUCUCCACUGAACAAAGCAGAGGUCCAUGAAUCUUAUUACAAGCACCUAAAGCCACUGCAGUCCAAGCUCUGAAGGGUCAUGGUGACAAGUCUCAUUUGCUCCAGAAACAGCUGGAGCCCCUUACACUUGCCACACAAAUCUGCUUGGAAUCUUUACCAAACUCAGAAAGCUAUAGAGCAAAUGAUAAAUUGAGCCCUUUCCUCUUUUUAUAAAUGAAGACAAAAAUGAACAGAUUUCAGAGAUUAAAUGAAAAAAAAAAAAAAAAACAGACGUGUUUUAAGUGCAAUUAACACUGCAAGAGACCUGUCAAGCAUCAGAAAGAGCUUUAAGAAAUGCAGCAUGACUUCCAUUUGUAGUGCUGCUGAUCCCAGUAGGCCAUGACUUUUGAUAAUUCGUAGAAUUUAACUACUGAGUAGUUAAUUAUUUUCACUUAAUUGCUAAUCACUGGAUCUAUAAGUUUUUAAGCAAAGGUAUUUUUUAAGUGGGGUAGAGCCCUUCCCACCUUUUCUCCUCAAUGUUCUACCGCUCCUGCCAUGGGCCCUGGCUAAGAAGCAGGACUGAAGAGAAAGGAUUUGGGGAAAUAGACUAAUCAGGAAACCUAGUGUGAGUGAAUCUGUGCCUGAACCAUUGACACGACCUCCGCCUGCUUACCCCUCUUUGCCAACCUGUUUCCACCUAACUAUUCACUGUAGCAUCUUUCCAGCAUCUUUUCAGCAUGGGUCUAGCAUAGGAUCACUGUCCCGAGUAAUUAGGAAUUAAUCUUCCACUCGAGGGAACUUGAGGGAGCCCUAAAUCGGCGGUGCAGUAGGACAACAGGUCACUUUGUCCCAAACUUCUUGGGAAGGGGCAAGAAGCAAAAUUAUUUCCGCAUUUGACUUUUGGCAACUGAUGGCUCCUCCAUCAGUGGUGAUUCUUCUCCCUCCCCCUUUCCCUGUCCUGAAAGAUGCUAAGAAAGGAGAAGAAAGGGUCACAGUUCCUUCACAGUAGAAUGAAUAUAGGGAGAGCUCUCUUAGUGCAGUUACCAUGACUGUGGGAUGUCCAUAUCAACUGGAUAUCCUGGAACAAUCCAGAUUUUCUGUAUUCUGUCAUUUGGCAUAAGCCAUUACAGUGCUUGGAGGUCACAGUGUCUGGCAGUACAAAGAUAGAAGCAUUCCUCUGACCACCUCUUCUGCCCAGGAAUACCACAGAAAACUCCUUUGACAAACCAGGUCUUCUGAUUUUUGGAUAUAAAUCAUCGAAUCAAUGUAAUCAUCAAAACUAUGGCUAAUGGAUAAAUGCAAGUUCCACAGAAUCUCUUUCUUACUGUACAUUGGCUUUAUUUUCAGUUUGUUUCCAGGAGCUUGAUCUGAACUGACAUUGUCCUUUGAGCUGAAAUCUAAUUUACACAAUCAUUUACACUUAAAAGGUUAAACAUGGACUACUUAAUGAAGUUUUUUCUUAAAAUUGAUGUAAAAACAUUACUUGACUUUUUUCUUUUUUAAACCUGUUAACUCUGUGACAUUUGCCUCGUAAAACCAGUUCUAGAAUCAGUCUUGAGAAUGUAGUAAAAUUCAGGGGAAAUGUCAUUUCUACCUUGGGACCUGACAAAAUCUAUCCCAGUGGAACCAGUAAUAGGAGAUUUUGAUGGCCUGCAGAAAUACUAUCUGUUGACAAACCUUAAUCUCCACUGAGAGAGUUGACUGGGAAUUGUUUUAAGAUUGAAGUAAUAAGCACUCUGUUCAUUUCUUUGGGAUAUAUCUUGAUGAUAGUUCAGAUUCUGGGAAGUAAUGGAGAGGAAAUUGCUUAAUAAUUGACGUGUUAUAUGUAGAAUUGCUUCAAAAUUAGUGAAUUAGUUUAUUCACAGAUUAACAUCUGUAGUUGAGAUCUAAGAGUGUUUGAACUAGCACCCACCUAAUCCAGCUGCAUGGAUCUGGGAUCUAUCUAGGCAGGUUUGAGUAAGUUGUAGGCACUACAGAGCCACCUUCCAUCCAGCACUUUGAGUUUUAUUUAAAAGCGAAAUCUGAUACUUGAUACUAGUUUUAAUUAACCUUGGAAUUUUUGUCUUGUACUUUUAUUCACUGUAACCUAAGAAUAUAGUAAAACCUCCCUAAUUUGUACUAUUGUGAGGGAAAGAGAAUGCCACAUGAUUAAACAAGUUCAAGUUAUGAGGAAUUUUAAGGUACAGAUUUAUGAGGUUAUUGGGUGGAGGUGACACAAAAAACAAAGCGUGCUCUCACCAGCGCGGGAGUGCCUACCUGGUGGCAGCUCUGCAGCUCUUAAAGGAAGCAGCAGAUCCAGUUUGCUCUCCCAAAGAAGCCAGGUCUCUGCUACAGAUAAGCUUGGUUCUUUUGUGAGCCAUUCUCACAAAGUACAAAAUUUCAACCUACUCCUCUAAAAUGAUAAAUGCUAAGAUAAUUGAUGAGAUUUUUUUCUAUUAGAUAUUGACAAUCCUUUUAAAAAGUAGUAUGAACAGAACUCAAAAUUGGAAUUUUGAAGUUUAACAGGAUUUUGCUUUGUGUUAGAUACAGGUUGAUUCCUUCUGAAGUGUUUGGAACUCUACUUUGUGUUCUACUAGAUAUAUUCUGAGGAGUAUUUCAGUGUUUGGACAUUAGUGGCUUCAAAGCACAGUUGGUUCCAAAUUUGGCCUCUGGGGCUUUUCAUGUUCUUAAGAACAUAGCAGUGCUAAACAUCAGCUUAUCUUCAGAACAUUGGCUUAAUUACAACAUUAACUAUAUUCACAUGCUUUCUGAGGACCCCCUACCUGUAAUUUCAGAUUUUAUAUACCUGGAGGCAUUUUAUAUUUCCUAAACAUGCUAGAUCAUAAUUUUUGGAUUUUCUUCAGUGCAGGACUUUGGCUGGGGAAAUAUGACCCAAAUUCAUGAGGAACGGAAAUUGUUUAGGUGGUUGAGGCUCACAGUCCCUCCCGACCCUUUCUGAGCCCUUUCCAUCCAUCAUAUUAGGAAGGAAAAGAUUAGGUGCGGGUGUGCACACCUGCUAAUCUUUAUAAAUGUAGUAUGUAUGCCUGGGGUCAUAGGCUGCCUUCAAGCAGUACCAGGAAAUGAAUUCUUCUUGAGACCAAGAGUCUUGUCGAUUCUCCUUACUUGAAUAAAGAUUUUGAUCAUUUUCAUGAAAUAUUGCAGAGGUCAUUGCAGCUAAGUAUUUACUACUCUAUUCUUGGAGGAGUCAACCAAGUCACACUGUAAAUGGCUAAAAUGAUUUUUUUAUCUUAAAAUAUCUUUUAAGUUAAACUUUUAACUAUGUACACUAAAUUCUCACUAUUACUGUGCUCCAUGAUCCUAAACAUAGAGAUAUGUUACCAGGUGUUAGCUGUUGCAGACCUGCAAAUUGCUAGAUUCCAGGGUGUUUUUUGAUUUUUAUUUUGCUUUAAAUUUGAGCCAUUGAUUAUCUUAGGAAGAUCACGAAAAAUUGGGAGUGAUUUUAAGAAUUCUGAACCAAAAUAGGUUGUUUUGCCACAAUACUGUUGACUAUGUCAUAGUUUAGGUAGCAAACAUCCUCCACGUGUUCAGACAGCUGACUACUUUGUAAACACCCUUUUAUUUCCAAUUGCUGUGGAUUCAAGGAAAUUGUAUUCUUCGGAGUGUAUAAUUACUUGCUUUUUCCCUUUUAAUGUUAGGGUUUGCGUUCUGUUCCUACCUGACAAGUUGCAUUAAGCAUGUAUUGUUACCCAUCCCUGGCUGGACCUGUCAGUGGAGGUGCACGGGCCCAGAACUUGGCUGGUCCCUGCUUGGCUUGGGCUGCGGGUAAGCCAAACCACUACCCUCCUUUUCCCUUGUAAAACUGAAAGAAAAAAAAAAUCCUUAAUAAAACCUUGUAAUUAACA